GGUCCCCCGCAAGCUCCUCAAUCUGGCAGUGUAAAUACUCCGGUAUUGCGUCCUGAACGUCUUCUCUCUGAUUUUAAAUCUCCCCGAGUCCCUGAGCUCCGUGAAUUCCCUGUCCAAUGGAACUUCAUCCCUCCCGAUGUUGUUGGUUUCAGACAUCUGCGCUGAUCACCACAAUCACCGGAGUCCCCUCGUCCAAAUUGACCAUCAGGAGAUGAAAAUCGACUGCAUUUUUACUGUCACUCAUUUGUCUGUUUACACGAGAGAUAUUUAUUGUACGAUUUAUGAACGACGUUUGAUGGGAAUGAAAAUAUUCCGGCGUCACCUGUCGAGUGGGUAAAACAGAGCGGCUGUUCCAGACACUCGGGAUGAGCAACUGAAAUUGACAAGUGUCAAGUGUCUCGUGUGGAUUGAUUCUGUUCACUUGAAUAAUCCAGUGUUUUGUGAAUCUAAAGUGUUUCGUCCUCAAGUGAGACGUUUAUCCCCGAGUUAUGGGUGAUGAAGAGGAUAAAUCGCCUUGCAACCACUUGAGUGCAAAAGAGUUGAUGCUGACUCGUGGAAUUCGCGCUCAGGCAUAUGACGAGUACGCGAGAUCCUCCCUGGUUCUACCAAAAUGUGGAGAGAAGUUGUUCGAGCCGAAUGGCUCCUGGCUGCAGGAGAAACAGAUCAGUACGAAUCUGGAGAACAUGAGGGACCUUCUGAAAAUCGAGAGGGUGAACAGACUGUCGCAGCUGGCGGUGGCAGAGUGGCUCCCCAAUGAGAAGAGGGCCCUUGUCACCAAGAGAUCUGGUGUCGAGUGGACUAAUUAUGGGAUUGAACUGAACAGGAAUCUUUAUUUGAUACCUGAGGAGGCACUGUUGCUUCUAGAAUUGAACUGUCUCGAGUUGAUGUUCAACGGUCUCUCCCUGUCGAUCCACCAGGCCUACGAGCUCCUUCUGGACUCCCCUCACUCCUCCGUCACCCUCCCCGAGUACCGAGUCUUCAGCCACCUCUCGCGCCUGGGGUACCGUCUCCAACGUUUCCACUACGACAAGCCCGAGCGUUCCGAGGACGUCUCCCACCCAAAGAAGAAAGUGAUCGUGGUCCCGGAGAACGGCGAGUGGAUGACGGACCAAAAGCCCCUCAAGGAGUCCCCCGAGGCCCCCAAGGACGCCUCAAAAAUCGAAAUCGAGGUCAAGGAGACCCUCAAAACGAUGAUAAACACGAUUGAAACCGACGAGUCGCCAGAGCCCAACGGAAAUUCCCAGGACCCCGAAGACCCGAAAAAACCCAAGUCCACGAGGCUGGAGAUAGUCUCCGAGGAGACAAUGGUGAACCCCAUAAAGAUCGUGCGCCCUUCAGACCCCUCAAACCAGACUCCAAAAUGGACAGCAUCAAGGAUCCAGAGAAACGUUAAACAACUCCCCCGAAGAAACGACAACAAACGAAAGCUCCAGAUCUCCUCAGACAAGAGACCAGACUCUGACUCCCCCCAGUCCAAAAAACCGAAGCACGAGGUGAUAGAGCUCUCAGACGACGACGUCCAGGAGAUCCCGAUAAUUCCCUCUCGAAUGGACCUGCUGAAUCAAUUCCCAAACACAGCGAACAACAACAGGAUCAGAAUUACGAGCGAGUGGAUUCCCCCCAACGUGAGCCCCCAGAGGACGAUUUACCAGUGCGACAGAGGGCACCUGGAGAGGGUCAACGAGACUGACAAGGCCCUGAGAUCGUCAGGGAAGUCUGUGAGGUGUCUGACGCCUUACGACAACAGAUUCAGUGGUAACAGGUACCCUGGCCCCAGCUGGAGGCAGAAUUGGCCCCCGAAUUAUCAGAAUGGGGGCUAUGGGUUCAGCCAGGGCUACAGGGGCCAGUACUACCCUGGGAACUGGGUGCAGCAGAGGAUUCAGGAGAAUCUCAUCGUCAAUCAGAUGAACACUGGGGGAUUUUCGAGUCGAUGGUCGUCUUUUCAGCAGGUCAACAUCUUCAGGAACUCGUUGAUGCUGGGGUAUAACAUGGCAGCAGCGACCAUUCAGAAUUCUCUGAAUUUGUGUAACAGUGUGAUGUGGCAGACGCAGAACUUCUUCAGGGGGAGGGGGCACGAUCCCAGGGGCCAGAGGGGGUUUAGGGGGGCUGGGGGACCGAGGAUGGGACCCCCCAGGCAGGAGAACGAGGCUGGAAUGUAUCAGGCGUCGUUCGUGAGGGUCCCGGCCUCGUCGUGGUCGGAGCUCAAGCAGAAGUGGAGGGAGGACAAGACCAUUACCAUUGACGAUGAGGAGGACAAGGUGGAUUGCAGCGAGGUGGAGCUCGUCGAGGAGAACAUUCAGCCGUUGGUUGGGGCGAGACAUGCUGGGAACGUUGGGGAGGUCUUCGAGAGACUGAGGAUCAUCAAAGCCGCGGGGGAGAGGACUGUCAGGAAGAAGAGGGGCGAGCACAGGAUUUCUUACAAGGUCUUUGCCAAUAACAUGGCGCAUUUCAGGAAGGCCAAUCCAGGGACGCCCAUGUUUCAUGUCGUUGUGACGAGUUAUCGCAAGCAGUUUCCACAACCAGUGGAGCUCAACAGGCUUCAACAGGAUUGCAACAGUACGUCUGUCGUCUUCGCUGUUGUUUCAGACUCGUCCACUGUCUAUCUGCAAACCGGAGUCAUCUCGCUGCCAAAUCUAGCCAAUGAAUAUUAGUCAGGAGGCUUUCGUACUGUUUCCAAUGUUGUUAAUAAAUGGAAAAUCCCUGGAAGAAAACGUCUCGUUUUAUUUCUUUGACUCCAGGUCCUUUCAUUUUCUCUUCAUCAAUUGAUGUAAUAAUAUAGUAAUAAUUAUUAAUAAUAACAUUAAUGAAAUCUUUUUUUAUUAAGCACAAACCUGAUGGUUACACAGCUAUAUAAACAAAAAUAGAAAUAAAGAAAGAAAGUAGUGCACAGAAGAUAGAUUUGGUACGUUGUAUUAAUGAAAUUUGUAAUUAUCUCAAGAGUGAAGGAUUUUAGGGGAAUGGGUCAAAGGACAAUUUUUAUAGAUCAAAAAAUUCCCUACAAGAAAUAU